GUAAGAGAAAUGAGUGAAAGGAAACUGGCAACGCUAAGAAAAGUCCAUAUUUUGAUAUAAUCCAUUGCUGACUAAUGAACUUCGUUUAAUUUUCCUGUUUUCAGAUUUUUCAUUCUGUUUAUAAAUUUUUUCAGUGGAAUGAUUACUAGAUUAUAAUGGAUGUACCACCAAAUCCUACACCUGAUCCAGUACAGUCUGUAUUCGAUCAAGUGACUGGAAUUUUAAGUAACUAUGGAUGGACUAUUCUUUUCAUUUUAAUUGUAUUAAACUUGCUCUGGAGUCAUUUUUAUCCAAAGUAUAAAAAAUGGCAAGAAAGAGUAGAAGAACAAGAGAAAGAAGCUGAAUAUAAGAAAGACCCAUCCCGCAUAAUUGCUAGAGAAGAAGCAAUGGCAAGAGCUCGCCAGCGAAUGGCUGAAGAGCAUGAGCGCUUAGCUCGAGAAUAUGAGGAGAAAAUGAAAGAAAAAGAAAGAAAGAAACGAGAGGAAAAACUUGCUGAGAUGGAAAGUCUUGUUUAUGGUAAACCCAAGCCAAGUAAAAAUUCUUCAGCUUUAAGACAAGAUUACAAUCCAUUAAUGGGAGGAGGAAGUAGUAGUUCAUGUUACAGGCCUUCUAGACGAGGGGGACCUGGUGGUGGUGGGGGAUGAGGUUAAAGAUCCAUGUAACUUGAGUUCAUUGAUUGCAUUUUUAUGAAUGGACUCCUGUUACAUGCAAGACUAAGCAUAUCCAGUUACAGUGACAUCCCUCUAAGCCUUUUGGAUUGGUGAAAGGUGGAUAUUUUUUACUAUUAGUGUGUUAAUUUAUUAAUGCCUAUAUACUCAUACAAGAGGGCUGUCUUAUGAUGCUGCAUGUUUAAAUGGAAUUGACCAGGACUUGUAGUUGAUGAGCUGCAACUGUGAUAUGUAUUUAUAUAUUUUUGUAAUAAAGUUUUCAUAAUAGUU